UUCGCUGCCAAAGUCCACACGACAAUUUCUUUCACACACUUUAUCAUGAGUAAAAUGUAUCAGUGUCCUGAAAUCUGCUUGCCAAGAAAGAAGAAAGUCCGCGAGUCUUUCCACUCAAACACAUACAGGAUAUUUGAUGAAAAGAUACCUGACAGAUUGGACCCUGAUAAAGUCUAUAAAGUAAAUUCAUAUGCUCAGAGAGAUCCCAAGGAAUAUGAUCAGCUUAAAAUACACAAUACCCCACAAAUGUACAAUGCCAAGUUCAUAAGAACCAAUGUCAGGUUCAUGAAUGCACCCAUUUCUCACAUGGAGACAGAGAGUACAAUGGCUGAGCAGUGUCACUGGUGGCCCAAUACAUCGUAUCACGAUGUGAGCACCCAGGCACCUUACAGAAAGGACAGCACUCAGAGACAAGACUACCAGGCCAUUCAACAAACACACACCCUGGUCAGACAUGGGAGGAACAACAACAGAGUGCCUGCUUCAGGAAUCGUUCCCAUGCUGAGCUCUAUUGGUAGCCCAAAAGUGUUGCUCGAGCACAUGUCUUUUAUUCACCAAUAUGAUUCAAGGAAAUUACAGGACCAACCAUACCAAGGAAGGCGACAUGGAGCUUUAGUGUGGAGCGAGGCUGGACCAUGGUCUCCUGUCGGGGAGAGCACAUACAUCAACUCCGAGGGGUCAUGUUUGCCAGCGGUGCGGGGAGGAAGGGGGGGGAAAGAGGUAACCUCUCCCCAGCAGCAAGUUUUCAACGACGGCAGGAUCCACUCCGGAAAGGCGGGCCCCAGCACUAAAGGCACCAAGGCCAUCGCCUGCCACUCACCGACCCAUCCCUCCAGCCAGCUGUUUCACAGCUUCUAUACUCCCAUGACACAUAGGGGAGGGGUUGAGGGAGGGUUUGAGGGGAUCUCCUCAGUCUCUGACAGGGCUGCGGAGGGUCGGAGAGCUAUGCAUGCGGACGGCGAGGGGACUGUCUUGCAAAGGCAGGGAUCCAACAGUCAACAGGCGGAGGUUCAAGCCCCAGCCCAAAUUGCAGGCUCAGAGCCUAACAACUGAUGGCACUGAUGGCAUUUUAAUACUUUAGGGGCUGCCUUAUGUAAAGAUCUGAGUAGAAAUAGGUUGCAAUUGUGUUACAUUUUUGGUCAAAAGUAAGAUGAAGAUUAAAAUAAUAAAAUGUUCAACCUGCAAAAGUAA